GUUCACCUCUUCGAGAGGAAGAAUCUUUCCAUAUUUUUUUGUCUUUGCCACUACCUGCUUCCUCCUCUUUCUCUCCAGCUUUCCUUCACCGUCCUCCGCAAAAGCUGAAGAAAAUUUAACCUCUUCUGAGUGAUGGGUGUCAGCUGCCGCUGUUCCCACACAUCCCAUAUUACCGAAAUCAUCAUCACCAGCUUCUUUCGUCACAAGCCUUAAGAAGUAAAGAAUUUUAUGUUCUUUAAAACAAAGAAACCACAAAACCAGGGUGGCUUUUUCUUAUUUUGGAUCGUCUGAUGAUGAUGAUAUCUUGAAAAACAUAAACAAGAUCGAUCCUUUAGCUUGAAAGUUUCAUGGCGGGUGGAAGGGUCUAUCCUAGUAAUACUAGUACUGCUGGUGGUUCUAAUAAUCUCUCUGUUUUACUUCAAAGUCAAAGGGUUCCUUACUCUUCUGAGCCUCUUGAUCCCCUUUUCAUUCCAAGCUCUUCUCCUUCUUUUCUUGUUUCAGGUACUAGAUCGAUGGUAAGCUUUGAAGAUGUUCAUGGAACAAACAGUGCAUACAGAUCAUUUUUUAGGACGUUUGAUCAAGAAGAGAAUGGAGAUGAAGAUUUGGAUGAGUACGUUCAUCAACCUGAAAAGAAGAGACGGCUCACUGUUGACCAAGUCCAGUUUCUAGAAAAGAGUUUCGAGGUCGAGAACAAGCUUGAACCAGAAAGGAAAAUUCAGCUGGCUAAAGACCUUGGGCUGAAGCCCCGGCAAGUUGCCAUAUGGUUUCAAAAUCGCCGGGCUCGAUGCAAGACAAAGCAGCUGGAGAAAGACUAUGACACUUUGCAGGCCAGCUAUAAUAGCCUCAAGGCCGAUUAUGGUAAUCUCCUCAAAGAGAAAGAUAAACUAAAAGAAGAGGUUCUUCAGCUCACAGAUAAGUUGCUUAUGAAAGAGAAAGAGAAGAGGAACUAUGAAUUGUCUGAUGUGAACACAUUGUCACAAGAGCCACCAGAAAAAUCUGUUGCUGCUGAAACAGCUUCCGAGGGUGAAGAGUCUAAGGUUUCACUGGUGGCCUAUAAACAGGAAGAUAUCAGUUAUGCCAAAAGUGAUAUAUUUGAUUCAGACAGCCCACAUUACACUGACGGUGUUCAUUCUUCACUGUUGGAGGCAGCUGAUUCAUCUUAUCCUUUCGAACCAGACCAGUCUGAUUUAUCACAAGAUGAGGAAGAUAACUUGAGUAAGGUCCUGUUGCAUCCUCCUUCAUACAUCUUUCCAAAACUUGAAGAUGACGAUUACUCCGACCCGCCUGCAAGUUCAUGUAAUUCUGGGUUCCCUGUUGAAGAUCAUGCCUUUUGGUCUUGGGCAUAUUAAGUUAUAUCUAUGAUCCAAUUCUGAUAUAUAUGGUCUGUCUUGUGUAUCAUUACUUCUUGUUCAAGUCAUCUUGUAGGAGUAACUAUAUAUAAGCAAUAAAAAACCAAUCAAUGGCAUCCCAAUCCAAAUGUUGUGUUGGUGGUGGGUUUUGGUUGUUAGAAAAAUUGGUGGUCUUUUUGCCCCCCUUCUGUAAUCUUGCCUUUUUUUUUGGGUUCUUAGAGUUAAAAUGGAAGUUUUUUGCUUUACUUCUCUGGAUUGUAAUUAAAUAAAAUCUUUUUUAAUAAGGGUUGUUGGAAAUGUAAUCCAUAAUCAAUCUUUUGGUUGCAAUUUUGUUUUAUACAAUUUGUUAAAAAAAACAUACAUCCCAUUCUGUAUUGAGCCUAUUUAUGGGCUUAUGAUAAGCAUUUUG